AUGGGAAAAGGCACCGACAAACUUUACAUCACCCACAGCGAGUGGUCCAGCGGCGACAACUACUCGGCUUCCGCCGGCGCCAAGUCGCGCUCAGGUGGUGCUUCCUUUCGCCGACUGCCUUUCAAUUUCUGUGCCGCCAGCCUCCAGCCCUUCAAGAACCCCGUGUGCACCAGUAGCGGCACCAUAUUCGAUGUGGAGGUCAUCGACUCAUGGCUCCAGAAGCACAAGACGAAUCCCGUGGAUGGCGAGCCGCUAAGCGCCAAGGACCUCAUCAGGCUCAACUUUGCUCGCAACGCCGAGACCGACUCGCGCACGCCUGGUUUCAGCGACGGCCGCGGCGAUCUCAUUGAUCCUGUCUCGUACAAAGUCUUCACCGACAAUACACAUAUCGUUGCCAUUCGGCAUGGCGCCUACGCCAAUGUCUUUGCGUGGGAUACGGUGCAGAAGAUGAACAUCAAGGCGAAGAACUGGAAGGAUCUUGUGGACGACGAGGACUUCACCCGCGCCGACAUCAUCACGCUUCAAGACCCACAAAACGCCGCGAGCCGCGACCUUAGCCAAUUCAAGAAGGAGGAGCGCAAGAAUGGCAACGUCAACGUCGAUGCGCUAGGCCGCAUCGGCGACAAGGUUAUCAGGGCGAAGCUGGCCGUGGAAAAAGCCCGCAAAGAGCGCGAGGCCGGUGGCGAUGUGAACCGAACGGCGGCCGGCGGUGCCCUUCGCGCGCUCAUAUCGGACGAGGAAUACAUGCUCAAGCCGAAGCGAAUCAAGACUUCAGGCUACGUUCGUAUCGAAACAAACCUUGGUGAGCUCAACAUUGAGCUGUUCCCAGAAUUCGCUCCUCGUGCUGUAUGGAACUUUAUCAAGCUCGCUCAGAAGGGAUACUACAACGGAGUAGCUUUCCACCGCAACAUCCGCAACUUCAUGAUUCAGGGCGGAGACCCCACAGGGACGGGCAAAGGUGGCACAAGCAUCUGGGGCAAGAACUUUCAGGACGAAUUCGAGGGCCCUCUGACACACGAAGCGCGCGGCUUGCUGAGCAUGGCCAACAAGGGCAAGAACACAAAUUCGAGCCAGUUCUUCAUUCUUUACCGCGCUGCUAAGCAUUUGGACCGCAAGCACACCAUCUUCGGCAAGGUUGUUGGGGGACUGGAUGUCCUCUCCAAGAUUGAGAAUGUGGCUACAGACAGCUCCGAUCGCCCUAUCAACGACAUUGUCAUGAAAAACGUUGUGGUUUAUGUGGAUCCCUUUGAUGAAUUCCAGAAGCAGAAGCUGGAGCGCGAAAAGGCCGACAAGGCCAAGGAGGCCAUCAAGCUAAGUGGUGGCACGGAAGAUGACCGUACCACGUGGACGGGCAAGAGACUCCGCGCUGAUGGCACUUCUGCCGGCGAAACCACUGGAGGCGGAGUAGGGAAGUAUUUGUCCUCACAACAGCCCAGCGAGGAAGUGGUAGGGAACCACCUGGACACAUGGAACGAGCCGCCGAAGAAGAAGGCAAAGAGUGGCGGCUUUGGCAAUUUCGACAACUGGUGA